CUGCUUCGCUAUUUUAGAAUUUUCACAGUGAUUCCCGAAAACAAAUACUUGAAAAAAAUGGCUGCAGAUUUGUGCGCUCAGCGUUCUCUCUUCGGCGGUGCCAUCGUCUCCACGUUUCCCAUUCGCUUUGAGGACGUCAGUAACGUUCGUCAAGUUCCUGAUCAUCAGGAGGCGUUUGUAGAUCCAACACGCGAUGAAAGCUUGAUGUUUGAGUUGCUCGACUUGAAGACUGACGUGGUGGACCAUGGUAGUGCUACCUGGUUUCUUCAGGACCUCGCGAAUGAGCAAGAUGCUGAGGGAGCUAUGGAGCGUACAAGUUUGAAAAGCGGAUGGGAGGGGAAAUAUUUAAUGCGUGCACUAUUUGCUUUGAUGAGAGCAAUCUUACGUUUACUAGAGGAUGUGAUUGCAUAUCGAGUGUCUAUUCCUUUCAGGUGCUUGAGCAGUCUGAAGUUUUUCAGGCUGAUGGACUACGGUUUAGGAACAAUCCUGGCGAUAUCUAAGGGAAGACAAGGAAGGGACGCACAGAACAUAGUAAAGCGGGUGUUUUUCCAGGUCUAUUUGGCUAAUUUGCGCCUGAAGGAUGUUACCACAGAUGUCCUCAUCAUUGCUUAUGAGCCUAUGCUGAUUAACCCUUUGAGUGAAUCUGCUGCUACUGUUGGGGCUGGUUUAGCGGUACCUGCAGCACAGACUGGACGUAUGCCUAUGAGUGAGGUCUUUAAAAAUGCGGUCCAAAGUUUCAAGGUGAAUGAUUGGAGCCUCUUUGGUGCCGCGGUUUGAUUCUGGAUGGCUGCCAUUUUAGUAGUAAUAAAUCAUAUUAGUGUUAUUAGGUUGGUGCAGCUUCUCAGCAAAGCCUGGGUGAUUCUUUCUCAGCCUUUUGAUGCAAAAAUUAGUCCACGUUUGUUAUUUUUUUUAGUUCGUUCUUAGGUGGGUCAGGAAUCUACGUAUAUUUUGCUAAAGCGACUUGAAUUAUUUGUCCUUGUUAUUCAUUUUUAUGGAACUAGUAAAGUGCACUGGCACAUUAUGGAUAAUCCAUGUUAUUUUGUAGUUUUAAAUUAUGCUUUUCAUGU